GAUAAUCGAAUAUGGAUAAAUUUGGUCAACUCCUUCAAGCUAAGAUCAAGAGACUUGGCAAGUCAACAACUGUGUUAGAUAAACCAACUUUUAGCAGUGAAAACAAGGUUGGAAUUCCUACAAGUGAUAUUAUUUUGACAUCAAAUUCUACCACUAUUCAUCCAGAUGCUGUAAAGAUAGGAGAUAAGAACUUCUAUGUCUCAGAAUUUGGCAAGGUUUAUACUGGAGAGAUCUUCAGAGGUCUGAUCAUUCUUUCUAAUAAAGAUAAAGAUUAUCCUCUGAAUAAUAUAAGGAUCGAUGUACUAGCAACUUAUCAAAACAAGAAUAUUACAAAAACUCUGACUUCGAAGACAAUUCCUUCUAUAGAAAAGGGAGGAUCUUUUUACCAGAUUGUUGAGAUUCAGGCUGAUUACACUGACACUUACGUCAUUGAGAUUAAAUCUAGGUAUCAAUGCCAGCAGUUUAAAAAUCAACUCAACAAUCUAAACAUCGAUGCAAUGACACCAUCACAGAGAGCUAAGUACCAGAACAAAGAAAGCUUCCAAAUAAAUUUUGUCGAGAGAGAUGUAUAUAGGAAUUUUAACAAGAAAUUUAAGUUCCAGACCAAAUCUCCUUUUAAUGUGACUCAGAAUACUGUGAUUCGGAAGAAUAAGUACUUUAUGGAGAUGACCCUUGAGAAUGAAUCGACUAAUCUCUUUCUGCAGUCAGUUCAUCUGAGUGUGACCAACCCCAACCUCACCUGAAUUGAUCUGAACCAAAAGGAUGAGGAAGAUGAAAUAGUGGGUUCUACAAUGAAAUAAGAAGGAAAUUAGGUCUUAUCUAUACAUAUUUGAGCCCAAAGAUGGACAAAAGAUUAAAUCUGAGGAUAAUGCAGGCAUUGGCACUGUUGAGCUUCACUGGCAAAAUAUUUUCGGCGAUCCUGGAGGCAUCGUGUUCGGACCCUUCAUCUAUAUCAACGAGACUGAUUAGUAGAAUGAAUAAAAAUGAACCAUUUCAAUUUA